AUGUAACUUUUGAAAUCCUCCCGCUAGUUGUUUUUGUUUUUCAGUAUAAAAGAACGUCUGAAGAUGCUUUCGUUUUGCAUAGUUUUGUUAUUUGUCGCAUCUGUGGAUUGUUCCCUUAGUAAAUUAAAUGGAAGAAUUCCUGCAAUUAAUGGCAAAGGUGUGCCUUUGACGGUGGAUUUUGAUGUAUCGGAAUUUAACAAAAAUUUGGAAACGAUAGUGAAAGAAGACCUAGUCGCAGAGAUAAAUGACAAAUUCACUAGCUAUAUCAACGGAAGCAGGAUAACAGAGCUUGUUGAGACCGUUUGCAAUCGUGAGAUUACAUUACUAAAAGAGGAUUUGAUGAAAGAGAUAAACAACAAACCAACUUUCUUUGCUUUUCUGAAAUCCAACACUGUCUUCUCAGGAGACGACGUUCUCAAAUUUGAUAAGGUAACGACUAAUAUUGGACAAAACUACAACCCAUUAACAGGCGUGUUUACGGCACCAAAGGAAGGCGUCUACCAAAUAUCGUGCGUUAUGGUGUCUGUUGGUAGAACAGAUGUCCAUUACUGGCUCUAUAGAAACGAGGAGAGAUUUUCUUAUGGGUAUGUAAGUGCAACCGCUCAUGCGAACUCUAAUACACAGAAUUGGAUACUUGAGUUAAAGAAAGACGACCGUGUCUUCAUCCAGCACAGAAAUUCUCAAGGAGAAACCGUUCACGGUUCACGACAUUCAUAUUUUUCCGGUCAUUUGUUAUUCUAAUUUUUCAGUUUGUCAAUUCACAAUAAAUUGUAACUGUAG